UCUAAAUGGUCUUGGUGCCCAUUGGUAUUUCAUAUCAUAUAUACAUCACAUGAACGCCCCCCGGACUUCACAGCUGUCCAAACUUCUCGAAUUCGCCCUCUUCCAGACGCAAGUGUUUUCAUACAUACACAUAACCAAGAUGAAGUUCGUUAUUCUAUUCAUUGCUAGUCUGACAGCCACUGCUGUCGCCCUUCCUACCAUCAAGGCUCGCCAUGGUAGCAUGGACGAGAGCAUCGAGUACCCAGACGAGAAGCUCUAUGCCGAGGAAUAUAAACGGGCCCCUAUUACUGGGGACGAAAAGGUCGAGUACCCAGACGAGAAGCUGUACGCGGAAGAAUACAAGCGCGCUCCUGCAGUUGCAGACGAGAAAGUCGAAUACCCCGACGAAAAGCUAUACGCGGAGGAAUACAAGCGCACCCCUGUUAUGGGAGAUGAGAAGGUUGAGUACCCAGAUGAGAAGUUGUAUGCAGAAGAAUAUUAGUGCUAAAGAAUUGGGAAUGAGAGAUCAAGGUUUUGUGAUUGAAAU